CGAUAAUGUCAUCAACUCUGCCUCCAGGACUUCAUGGCGAAUACGAGGAGCACAUAUCUGGUGGCGACGCGUCGGAAUGGGAGAAAUUUCAUAAAAUACGUUAUUACACCAACGCUUUCAUUGUCCAAGGCGAAAAGCUCCUCUUGGGGCACAAAAAAAGGGGAUUUGCUGAAGGAAUGUACAAUGGUUUUGGCGGGAAGGUAGAAUCAGGGGAGACGAGUGCUGAGGCAGCCUUGCGAGAACUGAAGGAAGAAGCCGGUAUCCAAGCACCUCUGCAGCACUUUGCCGUUCUUUUUUUCACUCUAGAAGGCUUAGAAUCUUCCUUCUACAUUGACAUAUAUCGUGCAGCCGAUUUUUCCGGGGACAUCGUCGAAACCGAUGAGAUGAGGCCGCAGUGGUUCAAAUUUCCUGGAUCCAUUGCAGAUCUGCCCGAUAUCCCCUUGGAACAUAUGUGGGAAACCGACAAGUAUUGGAUGCCGCUCUUGCUGUCGAACAGGCAGUUUGCCGGACGCGCAGACUACAAGAUUAUUGAUGGCGAGACACGCCCUGUGAAAUGGUGGAUAGGAACCACCCAUAGAUCUUAAUUUCUUUAUCAUGUUAGUGCUCGGCGGCAUGAUCAAUGAUCACGGACUUCUUCGUGUGCCGUCCUUUCACACUGUCUGGGAAGCAAUCUAUUUCUUUCCACAUUAUAUUACUGAGCUCCUUGGAGAAUUUUACGCAGCUCCUAUGC